GAGCCAAAGACGUUUGAUCUUCUAGUAUUUAACCGGUAUCGACACUCGGCGGAAAUCGCAAUCAGCUCAAACAUUUUCCGCGUACUGCGUGAUUCAUUAUGGGAGCUUUCGAAAUUGUUAUCGCGGCCCUUGCCGUUGUGGCCGUCGACAGCCAACUGAUCACCCCAUCGUACGGAGCGCGCGGUUUAUCUGUCGGAUCUGGACUUUACGGCAUCUCUUAUGCGUCAGCCAACCCUUAUGGCAUCCGUUACGUAACGCCGUACGCCACUCCAGCCAUCUCCUACGGCACGAUUGCAUCAGCGCCGGCGGUUUCCUAUGAAAUCGCCGCUCCCGCUGUGUCCUACGCAGCUACACCGAUUACCACUCGUGCAAUUACCCUACCUGCCGUUCCCGCUGUGCCCUAUGCAACCGCACCAGCCGCAGCUCGUACAGUUACCUACGCGGCUCCUACGACUGCCCGCUCUAUUUCAGUAGCAGCUGCACCCGCUGCAAUUCGCACAGUGCCCGUGGCUGCCCCUGUGGCUGCUGCUGCCCCAAAUGUCGCAGUUUCUGCUCCGGCUCAGCCUGUUAAUGUCGGCCUGAUCGGUACUGCUGGCGCUCCAGCCGUCCGUUUGCAUGAGGUUCAUACAGGAUCUGGUCGCCAAGCUAUUCGUAUUGAGGACUAUCAGUCUGGCGAUCAGAUUAUCCGUGUCCACGAAGGUGAACAGGCUGCUCCUGAAAUCGCUCAAAUUGCCGUCCCUGGUGAGCAGCACCAUGUGCGCAUCGUCGAGCAUAAAUCUGGCCCAGCCGAGGUUCAGCGUGUGCUAAGCCGGGCCCCGACCCAGGUCGUCGAUGUGCAUAAGCCCGGCCGUCCAGGAGCCCGCAUUAUUCAGGUUGUCAAGGGUCAGUCGCCCGCUCCUUCCAUCGAGUUUAUUAGUGCUGGUGGCUCGUCUCACCACGUCUACUACGCUGAUGACGUGAAUGCGGGUGCCGCUGCUAUCGGAGGCGGUAGCCUGGGAGGUGCUACUACGUUCGCCACCUCAUAUGGGCCCGCUGUCGGGGGCAGCGUCAUCUCGGCUGCGCCAGCCAUCUCGGCAAUCUCGGCCGCUCCCGCAAUUUCGACAAUUUCGGCUGCUCCAGCCAUCUCAACCAUCCCGGUUACCCCCGCAAUUUCGACAAUUUCGGCUGUUCCAGCCUUUUCGACGAUCUCGGCCGCCCCUGCAAUUUCGACCAUUUCGGCUGCCCCAGCCAUCUCGAGGAUCUCGGCUGCCCCGUCUAUUUCUGUAGCAGUUGCCCCGGCUACCGCCUACUCGACUCGAGUCGCUGCUGGCCCAGCUGUACCUUACUCUCCGUAUGCCCCCAUCGAGUACGGAAUCUACGGUCUAGGAGGAUUCAACUAUGGAGGCCUCGGUCAUUCAACCGGCUACACCUCGUACGGAUCUGGAAGCAACGUUUUCCUUGACGCUAAUAAAAAGUCCUCCGCGAAGAAAUCUGCCUAAAUUAAACCUGGAGUGAGAUCGAAAAAAAAAAAUGGUUAAAGGUCAUGGGAAACAAUAAAUGCAUAGAGUUAUUUAA